UGGGGCCUAGGCGCAGACGCACUGAGCCCCAGCGGCCGGUGAUGGCGGCAGCGGCGGCAGUGGCUGCGACGGGUCCGGGCCCAUGAGGCGACGACGGAGGCGGGACGGUUUUUACCCAGCGCCGGACUUCCGAGACAGGGAAGCUGAGGACAUGGCAGGGGUGUUUGACAUAGACCUGGACCAGCCGGAGGACGCGGGCUCUGAGGAUGAGCUGGAGGAGGGGGGUCAGUUAAAUGAAAGCAUGGACCAUGGGGGAGUUGGACCAUAUGAACUUGGCAUGGAGCAUUGUGAGAAAUUUGAAAUCUCAGAAACUAGUGUGAACAGAGGGCCAGAAAAAAUCAGACCAGAAUGUUUUGAGCUACUUCGAGUACUUGGUAAAGGGGGCUAUGGAAAGGUUUUUCAAGUACGAAAAGUAACAGGAGCAAAUACUGGGAAAAUAUUUGCCAUGAAGGUGCUUAAAAAGGCAAUGAUAGUAAGAAAUGCUAAAGAUACAGCUCAUACAAAAGCAGAACGGAAUAUUCUGGAGGAAGUAAAGCAUCCUUUCAUUGUGGAUUUAAUUUAUGCCUUUCAGACCGGUGGAAAACUCUACCUCAUCCUUGAGUAUCUCAGCGGAGGAGAAUUAUUUAUGCAGUUAGAAAGAGAAGGAAUAUUUAUGGAAGACACAGCCUGCUUUUACUUGGCAGAAAUCUCCAUGGCUUUGGGGCAUUUACAUCAAAAGGGGAUCAUCUACAGAGACCUGAAGCCGGAGAAUAUCAUGCUUAAUCACCAAGGUCACGUCAAACUAACAGAUUUUGGACUAUGCAAAGAAUCUAUUCAUGAUGGAACAGUCACACACACAUUUUGUGGAACAAUAGAAUACAUGGCCCCUGAGAUCUUGAUGAGAAGUGGCCACAACCGUGCUGUGGAUUGGUGGAGUUUGGGAGCAUUAAUGUAUGACAUGCUGACUGGAGCACCCCCGUUCACUGGGGAGAAUAGAAAGAAAACAAUUGACAAAAUCCUCAAAUGUAAACUCAAUUUGCCUCCCUACCUCACGCAAGAAGCCAGAGAUCUGCUUAAAAAGCUGCUGAAAAGAAAUGCUGCUUCUCGUCUUGGAGCUGGUCCUGGGGAUGCUGGAGAAGUUCAAGCUCAUCCAUUCUUCAGACAUAUUAACUGGGAAGAACUGCUGGCUCGGAAGGUGGAGCCCCCCUUCAAACCUCUUUUGCAAUCGGAAGAGGAUGUGAGUCAGUUUGAUUCCAAGUUUACACGUCAGACACCUGUUGACAGCCCAGAUGACUCAGCUCUCAGUGAAAGUGCCAACCAGGUCUUCCUGGGUUUUACGUAUGUGGCUCCAUCUGUACUUGAAAGCGUGAAAGAAAAGUUUUCCUUUGAACCAAAAAUCCGAUCCCCUCGAAGAUUUAUUGGCAGCCCACGAACACCUGUCAGCCCAGUCAAAUUUUCUCCUGGGGAUUUCUGGGGAAGAGGUGCUUCAGCCAGCACGGCAAAUCCGCAGACGCCUGUGGAAUACCCGAUGGAGACAAGUGGGAUAGAGCAGAUGGACGUGACGAUGAGCGGGGAGGCUUCAGCACCGCUUCCAAUACGACAGCCAAACUCCGGACCAUACAAAAAGCAAGCUUUUCCCAUGAUCUCCAAACGACCAGAGCACCUGCGUAUGAAUCUAUGACAAAACAAUGCUUUUAAUGAAUUGAAGGCAAAAAAGGUGGGGAGGGGAUGUGUGAGCAUCCUGCAGGGUGAAACAGGAAGACUCAAAAUGACAGUCUUGAAGAGUCAGUGUCAUGACAUAGAACACUUUUGACAGAGGAAAAUUAAACAUGGAUUUUAAAAAAUCAAUCAUGGUGCAAAAAAACUUAAGUGAAAAUAGUAUUGCGGAAUUCUUAGGCACAUCAAUUAUUGAUUCCUAGCGACGUCGUCUCAACCUAUCAAGGAUUUUCAUGUUGAUGGCUUGAAACUGACAGUAUUAAGGGUAGGAUGUUGCUUCUGAAUCACUGUUGAGUUCUGAUCGUGUCGAAGAAGGGUUCUCCUUCCAUUAGGCAAAGUAUGAAUUUGCCUAUAAUACUUGCAACUAAGGACAAAUUAGCAUGCAAGCUUGGUUAAACUUUCCAGCAACAUGGAAUCAAAGACGAAAAAAACUUAUCAAUUGAUGUUUUACGUGCAACAACCUGAAUCUUUUUUUUAUAUAAAUAUAUAUUUUUCAAAUAGAUUUUUGAUUCAGCUCAUUAUGGAAAACAUCCCAAACUUUAAAAAUGCGAAAUUAUUGGUUGGUGUGAAGAAAGCCAGACAACUUCUGUUUCUUCUCUUGGUGAAAUAAAAAUGCAAAUGAAUCAUUGUUAA